AUGAAGGCUAAAAAAGCCCAGCAGAAAUUACCCAUGGAAGUUAUAGGCACAUACAAUCCUGUCCCCACGCCGCAACCCUCGUUUGACAAUAGUACACCCAUCAAGGAUGUAAGCUUAGAUUUCCACAGGGCUAAAUACUGGUUGGGUAUGGGUGCUGAACCAACACCAAAAGUUGCAUGGUUGUUUAAGAAGGCGGGCAUUUUACCCAACUUCUGGCCCAAAACUACCAAGUUGUCUCAGGAAAUUAAUGCCCCUGUUGUCGAAGAUGUUAAAGAGACGCAGGAAUUACCGGUGGAUAUCGUAAGAAGAAGAGGGGAUAAGAAAUUUUAG